CUUAUGUAAGAGAGAGAAAAAAUCAAAUCUUUGUGAGCGUUUAAAGAUCAUCAAUGGCGAAGGAGACAGUGUGUGUGACCGGAGCUAAUGGUUUCAUCGGAUCUUGGAUAAUCCGAACGUUGGUUGAGAAAGGUUACACCAAAAUCCACGCUUCGAUUUACCCAGGAUCCGACCCGACUCAUCUCCUCAAUCUACCCGGAUCCGAAUCUAAGAUCAAGAUCUUCGAAGCGGAUCUCUUAGACUCCGACGCAAUCUCCAGAGCUAUUGAUGGAUGUACUGGAGUAUUCCACGUGGCGUCACCUUGUACGUUGGAUCCACCGGUGAAUCCAGAGAAGGAGCUGGUCGAACCAGCGGUUAAGGGAACUAUCAAUGUGUUGGAAGCUGCAAAGAGGUUUAAUGUGAGACGCGUGGUGAUCACUUCAUCUAUCUCCGCUUUGGUUCCUAACCCUAGUUGGCCGGGAAGUGUCCCCGUUGAUGAGUCCUCGUGGACCGAUCUCGAGUAUUGCAAGUCGAUGCAGAAAUGGUAUCCAAUAUCGAAGACAUUAGCUGAGAAAGCAGCUUGGGAAUUUUCGGAGAAGCAUGGAACCAACAUUGUCACGAUCCAUCCAUCAACAUGUCUCGGACCACUUCUGCAACCGAACCUAAACGCAAGCUGUGCCGUUUUGCUACAGCUUUUACAAGGCUCCACCGAGACGCAAGAGUAUCACUGGCUUGGUGUGGUGCAUGUGAGAGAUGUGGCUAAAGGUCAAGUGAUGCUAUUCGAAAAACCUGAAGCUUCUGGUCGGUUUCUAUGCACUAAUGGGAUUUAUCAGUUCAGUGAGUUUGCUGCUCUUGUGUCCAAACUCUUCCCUGAGUUUUCUAUUCACAAGUUUGAUAAAGAAACUCAACCCGGGCUUACGUCUUGUGAUGACGCGGCUAAGAGAUUGAUUGAGCUCGGUCUGAAUUUUACUGAUGUGGAAGAUGCGGUUAAGGAGACGGUCCAGAGUCUUAAAGACAAAGGCUUCCUCUAAGAAUUUAUAUGUUAUCUUUGCAAAUUUCAAUGUCUGUGACCUUUAUUGUAUAAUACAAGUAGAGGAGCUAAGAAGUAAACUUGUUUUUAUGAUACAUAUAUAAGUACAAGGUAUUAUUAUCA